AUGAUUAAUUUUGUGCCCUUACUGUUCUUUCUAUCGGUCUGCACGGCCAUCACCAUACGAUCAAACGAGACACACACUCCUCCCCGUAUAGAUGUUCGAGUUCCACAACAGCGGGUGGAGGUAUACGACAACGAGGUUGACUUCAUAGACCCUAUCACCCAAGCAACGAUACCACUGUCUCGAGUGCUGGUUGUUGAUGAGCCAAAAGAAGCGAUUGACAGGUGGUUCGACUGGGACGAGACAUGCACAGAUAAAAUCGACCGGGGGAAGAUAACCGCAGCAUUUAAAGGUGCCUUGGAGCUGGCACAGCAUAGCUCCACGUUUCUUAAGGAUCUGGAUGAUGGCCUUGCGGGGGAAGGGACAAAGGCGCGCAGAGUGAGCUAUAUCGUGACGAAAGACCCUGCCUUCACCCAAAUGUUCUAUGCGUUAGACGAUCGUAUCGGCUAUGUGAAAGAGUCAUUCGAUAUUUUGCUUGACAAAAUGACGCGCUACGAAGGACGUGGUAUAGACGGGGCUGAUGGCGUCCGCUUCAUCUGCGAUAGGGAGGGGAUCAUAAAGGAUAACGAGGGGGGGUCAUAUUGCGGGUAUGAACAGCCAUACACCCACACACUCUUGCUAUAUGGUAUCUCCCAAAAGCUAACCAGAACUGGCCUGAGCAGGACCGGCGCAAGCGCAGCCCAGGCAAUCGUUAACCUACCGGGUGAUCGGGGUUUGGGGGGGAUUGAGGAAAAAUAUGUCUUUUCGCAUUCCCACAGCAUGGUGUUUUGCCCGGUAUUUUUUAAUGAUGAUAUGUUCCCAAAUAUUGAUGCCCUGGCGGGUACCACCGAGGAAAUGGUUCCGAGGACCUUGGACCACCUUGAUUGCAGAGAGCGAAUAAUGAUUCACGAGUGGCUACAUCUCAAAUUCACCAGAAACAUCCCUUCUAUACCGGACGAAAUUGGCUUUGAAAGGGCGGCGAAAGUCGCAGGGAAAAAACCUCCAGGGAAACCCCGUAAGGCAGAUUGGGCAAAUGCAAAGAUAAACUGCGAUAACUAUGCCUGGUAUGCGAUCUAUGCUUACUGGAACAACGAACGCAAAGGCUGUGGCAAGGACGUGUGGCCUGCUCACAUCAAGAAACCCAACAAACCAUAA